AUGUUGCCCCUAAUCCUGUUGCGAGCACAAUGCUGGAAAAAUACAAAUCCUGGAACACCUAUUGUCAAGGAUUUACGCGCCCAGAUAUUGAAAAAGGGAGCUUUGCGGUUGCCCGGUACUCUCAGCUUGAGGUUACAAACACUGAAGACAAGGUUGAUCAGCCUAGCCCUUGCGACUCCUAUCGCACAUCGGACGCGAGGUCGUGCACAACAAAUCAGUAGGAAGCUUGCAGACAUGCAUUUGGAGACGCCCUCGAAGUCAACCAAUACUACCAAGACUCUGGAUAUUGAGGAAGUCGAUUUGAAUGAGGCGUUUACUAUUCCGAGAACCCCGAGCCCAGAGACCCCGAGCCCAUUCCGGGAGAUAACACCGGCUCCUAAAGAACUGGAGAACGUGCUAUAUAUCGUGAAUUGUGCUCUGGUCAUCUUCCUCAACGCUCUGACCUUCAAAUUUCAACUCGCGAAUAAGUGGACCUUGCACAGAAAGGUUUUCAAUGCUACCUUUGAUGACGCUAGUUUUGAAGCAAGAACCGAUGGAUAUCUCGACGAUCGCAAGGGAAACGCCCAGGCCAUAAUCGAAGUGAAGCCAGUGACAAGAUCAAAAAAACGACUAGCAGUCAUUAAGCAGGGGUAAUUUGCUAUAGUGUUCCUUGGAAUAUGGGGUUUGGAAUCUGGUAACCAGCCAGUCGAUCUAUGCAAGUAUUACAUACUCUACUGCAUCAAGAAGGUUCCAUGAAGCGCAGGAUAUGUGAUCAGUGUCUAUUAAAUACUGCAUGGGGUUUCUUCAUAGCGCCAACUUUUGCAUCAUUAGCUGCCAUGCCUGAAUCCCCUUCUAUGUACGUGUCGUGUCAGUAUUAUAGAGAUCUAGAAGAUAAAAGCGGGAGCGGGCGCUAAUGUAUGUACUCUGG